UUGUGCAAUCGGCGGGGCCGGCGGCACCGCCCGGAGCCCGGCACCGGGGGGAGGGAGGCGGCAGCUCCCCGCCCGCCCCGGCAGCCGCCGGGCACCGCGGGGCUGUAGCUGCCCGCUGCCCGGAUCCCAUGGGAUGUGCCCGCCGUCGCCUGGCCGCUGCAGGGUCGUGGCAGAGCUGGCCAUGAUGCUAUGGUUUGUGGUUGGAGCCCUGUUGCCAGCGCUGCUCCUGGCUGCACCACCCCCCAUAAACAAGCUUGCCCUCUUCCCAGACAAGAGUGCCUGGUGUGAGGCCAAGAACAUCACCCAGAUCGUGGGGCACAGCGGCUGCGAGUCCAAGUCCAUCCAGAACAGGGCCUGUCUGGGGCAGUGUUUCAGCUACAGCGUCCCCAACACCUUCCCUCAGUCCACAGAGUCCCUGGUUCACUGUGACUCCUGCAUGCCAGCCCAGUCCAUGUGGGAAAUUGUGACCCUGGACUGCCCUGGCAACGAGGAGAUCCCCAGGGUGGACAAGCUGGUGGAGAAGAUCCUGCACUGCAGCUGCCAGGCCUGCGGGAAGGAGCCCAGCCACGAGGGAGCUCUCUUCAACGUCUACCUGAACGCCGAGGAGAACCUGGCCGCCGAGGGGCCCGGCCCCCACCACUAUGCCCACCCCCAGCAGGAGCUGGAAGAGCCUCCUGCCCCCGGCCACCACCACCACCACGAGGAGGAGGGCGAGGAGUGACCUGGCCCUUGCGGACUGUGCCCGCGGCGUGGGCAGGGGGGCUGCGUG